ACAGUUGAUAAUUGGAGACAGGAAAGGAACAAAAGCUUUCUCUCUCUCCCUCUCCCUCUCUUUUUCCCUUUCUUUUCUUCACGUACCAUUGUUAAUAUUUUCUCUGAGUCUCUUCCUUUUGGAAAAGAAGGAAAGUCAUUUCUCCAAGGCCUCCAAAAUCAUCCAAUAUAGCCCUUUUCUUCUUCUUCCCAUUGUUUGUGAGCAAAUCGUCUGAAGUUUCUUUAAGCUGCUUCACCAUGUUCAUCUCUUAAGCUUCCAACUCUCCUUCUCUGCUUUGCUCUUCACACAUUUUAACCUACAUUUCUAAUCUACAACCUAUUAUAGUCGAUCUUUCCAGCUAAGAACACAGCUUUUUCAUUUUCAUUUUAUUUUCCCAAGUGUAGGAAAUUCCACUGAUUCUUUGGUCAAAUUUGGAAGAACAGAGAAUUGACCUAAAGAUGACGAAGAUAAGUCCUGACAUCGAUGAAACGAUGCUGAAAGAAUUGAUCGUGGCUGUUUCAGCUGAUGUGAGCUUUGCUUCUGACCACUUUCCAAAGUACAAAUUAGGACCUGACAAUCAGAUUUUGGAGGAGCCAACAGGGGAUAACAAUGGUCCGUCGCUCAAGGAGGUUGUUGAAAGGGAAACGACACAGUUAUCCGAGCAGCACAAGCGACUCUCGGUUCGCGACCUUGCUAGUAAAUUUGAUAAGAACCUUGCUGCUGCUGCGAAAUUGGCUGAUGAGGCCAAGCUUAAAGAGGUUGCUUCUUUGGAGGGGCAUGUUCUUUUGAAAAAACUUAGAGACGCCUUAGAAUCGUUGAGAGGUCGUAUGGCAGGGAGAAACAAGGAAGAUGUAGAGAAAGCCAUCUCUAUGGUUGAGGCAUUGGCAGUUAAAUUGACUCAAAAUGAAGGAGAGCUGAUACACGAGAAGUUCGAAGUUAAAAAACUGGCAAACUUUCUCAAGCAGGCUUCCGAAGAUGCUAAAAAGUUGGUUAGUCAAGAAAAAUCUUUUGCUUGUGCUGAAAUCGAAAGUGCUAGGGCUGUAGUACAGCGAUUCGGAGAUGCCCUUGACGAGCAAGAAAAGAAUCCCGAAAAUUCACAGAAAACACAGGAGGUUGAGGAGCUCAUUGUGGAGGUUCAAGAGGGUAGGCGAAUUAAAUUGAUGCAUCAGCCAACCAAGGUAAUGGAUAUGGAGCACGAACUUCGUGCUCUCAGAGCUCAAAUUCGAGAGAAAUCUCUAUUCCAAGCAAAGCUUCAGAAAGAGUUGGCAAUUAACAAGAUGGCCGAGGAGAACAAAGUCCGUGUUUUCGGCUUUCAUGGUUCUGGAACUCUCGGUUCAUGCUUAAAACUCCAGCCUUGUUCUGAUAAUGCUCCGCCGCUUUCAAAAUCUAUGAUUCAGUGGUAUCGACUAUCGUCUGACGGAAAUCGGAGGGAAAUAAUUUCAGGUGCAAACAAAACCAUGUAUGCUCCAGAACCACUUGAUGUUGGCCGAAUUUUGCAGGCUGAGAUUCUGUCGAACGGCCGGAAAAUCUCUGCGACAACUGCCAAACCUAUUGACUCUGCUGCAGGUUUGGGAAGCUACGUCGAGACGCUUUUGCGGAAAUCGAGCAGUGAAUUUAAUGUAGUCGUCUCUCAAAUCAAUGGACAAGAUCAUCCGUCACGCUCGACUCACGCAUUCAAUAUCGGAAAGAUGAGGAUCAAGCUCUGUAGAGGAUGGAUCACAAAGGCCAGAGAAAAUUAUUCCACAUCAAUGCUGCUAUGCGGAGCUAGAGGUGACGCUAACGCGCCGGCCAAGUCAUUGUUUUGGCAACCGAGGAAAGGGCUCUCUUAUGUAUUAACAUUCGAAUCAGAUAAAGAACGAAACGCGGCUAUCAUGGCCGCACGGAAGCACGCUCUCGAUUGCAGUGUGAUGCUAGGGGGACCAGAUGAUGAAAUGUAGAAGUAAAAAGAACAAAAAUCUAACUGAAAGAGUGUUUUGUUUGUUGAAAUAUUUGUAUGGUGUGUUUGGUAAUGAGGGAGAAGAAUGUGGGAAAAUUGCGGUUUGACCCCUUUGGGUUUCUACUAAUUUGGUUGGCUAAUGUCAUUGUUUAGGCAGUGUUUUUUUGGUUUGCCUAAUCACUGCUUGUAACAUGUUUUCCUUAAUCGGUUUGAUUGCUUGA